AUGCCCAUCUCAUUCCGCAAGCCAGCCAACAACAGCCACGGGCCCAGCCAGCCAACCACCGCCUCCCAAGACCGCCACUAUCUCCCAGACGACAAGCCUGUGUACUCGUGCCAUUCCUGCUCCGAGGCCGUCGCGCUGCAAGAUGAGCUCGUGUCAAAGGCGUUCAAUGGACGAUCAGGACGAGCAUACUUGAUGAACUCGACCAUCAACACCUCCCUAGGCAAGACCGAAACCCGCAAACUCCUGACCGGCACACACACAGUCGCCGACCUCAUCUGCGCCACAUGCCAGUCAUCUCUCGGGUGGAUGUAUAUCAAAGCGCCCAACGGCGAGCAACGGUAUAAAGAAGGGAGGUAUAUCUUGGAGAUGGCAAAGGUUGUGAAAGAGAACAAGUGGUAG